CUCUGUUUCACUUUGUGUUGUUCACUCAAUGCCCACAACUACUCAUGUUUACUUGGUUUAUUUAGGACACCACCAGAACCAUGACCCCGUUCUCACUUCACGCUAUCAUCUUCGCCUUCUUGCUACUGUGUUUACUAGGAAAGAAGAUGCAGAAGAGGCUAUGGUGUACAGCUACAAGCAUGGGCUAUCAGGGUUUUCAGCAAAGCUUAAUUCAUCCCAAGCUGCCGCCAUGGCUGGUAAGAAAGGAGUAAUAUCAGUGUUCAAGAGCAAGAGUUUGGAGUUGCAUACGACAAGAAGCUGGGAUUUCCUGGGACUUACGUUGGACGACUAUGAUAGCCAUGGAAGAAUUCCUUUGCAGCUGCUUCAUGGCGAUGAGAUUGUUGUUGGCGUUUUGGAUACAGGUGUGUGGCCAGAGCUGAAGAGUUUCCAAGAAGAGCCUGGAGUGCAGCCAGUUCCCAGAUCCUGGAAAGGGAAAUGCGUGUCGGGGGAAAUGUUCGAUCCGACCCGAGCCUGCAACCGCAAGCUCAUCGGAGCCCGUUACUACAUCAAAGGCUACGAGCAACAGUACGGGAAGCUAAACAAGACAACCAACCCCGAUUACCUAUCCCCUCGGGACUACCUCGGCCACGGCACCCACGUAGCCGCCACGGCCGUCGGCUCCGUCGUUAACAACGCCGCCGACUUCUUCGGGUUCGCCCGGGGCACCGCCAGGGGAGGCGCCCCGAGGGCCCGCCUCGCGGUUUACAAAGCCUGCUGGAACAAAGACGGGUUCGACGGGAUAUGCACUGAGGCGGACGUGAUGGCGGCGUUUGACGACGCGUUGCACGACGGGGUGCACGUGAUCUCGGCCUCCUUCGGGCUGAGACCGCCGUUGCUCCCGUUUUUUGCGUCGGCCGCCGACAUCGGAGGCUUCCACGCGAUGCAGAUGGGAGUGAGUGUGGUGUUCUCUGCAGGUAACAGUGGGCCGGAGGCAUCCCUGGUGGGGAAUGUGUCUCCAUGGAGUAUAUGUGUAGCUGCAUCUUCCAUUGAUCGAACAUUUCCAACCCAGAUUAUUUUGGACAACAAUGUAUCCUUCAUGGGAGAAAGCUUGGUCAGCAAUCAAGUAAAAGCAAGAUUGGCUGGAGCCAGUUCUUACUUCUAUGAUGGGGUUUGCAAGAUGGAGAAUUGGAAGAACAGAAAAGCAUCGGGCAGGGUGAUUUUAUGCUUCGCCACCAUAGGGCCGGUGUUGGUGGAGGAGGCGGAAGCGGCGGCGUGGAGAGCCAAUGCGUCGGGGCUCAUCUUCGUGGAGCCUCUCGGCAGGCCGGUUGCGUACGUUACUAUAAUCCCCGUCCUCCGUCUAGACCUAAUCCAAGGAACUCAAAUUGGUUACUACCUUGCCCAGUCUCCCAAGCUCCCUGUGAUACAAAUAUUACCAAGUACAACAGUCCUCAGAAAGUGUCCAGCUCCAAUAGUUGCAGAUUUUUCUUCCAGAGGGCCAAGCUCAAUUUCCCCUGAUUUUCUCAAGCCAGACAUAAGUGCACCAGGGGUAAACAUAUUAGCAGCUUGGCCGCCAAACAUCCCUCCAACGUUUUUCCCGACAGAUAGGCGAUCGACCAGUUGGAAUUUCCAGUCCGGCACCUCAAUGUCGUGCCCUCAUGUUUCCGGUGUGGUCGCCUUGAUAAAAUCCAUUCAUCAAGACUGGUCUCCGGCCGCCAUCCGAUCCGCUCUCAUCACUACAGCGUACAAUAAGGAUACAACCGGUGAUAGUAUUUUAGCCGGCGGAUCUCUGGAAUCGGCGGACCCUUUCGACAUUGGAGCCGGUCAUAUAAACCCCCUGAAGGCAAUAGAUCCAGGGCUAGUCUACGACAUGAAAACCAAAGACUACAUUGCUUAUCUUUGUAACAUUGGCUACACCGAGGAACAAAUCAGAAGCCUGGUUCUUGACGCCCCGUGGAGCUGCCGAGGAAACCGGCCCACCACGGCGGAUCUAAAUUACCCGUCCAUCACGAUAAUGAAUCUCCAGCGCACGACGACGAUUAGGAGGACAGUUCGUAACGUGGGGCGGUGCUGGAGAACGGCGAUUUAUACUGUGAAAAUUGUGAGCCCAAACGGCGUGGAUGUGGGGGUUUGGCCCAGGGUUUUGGUGUUUACGCCAUUCAAGCAAGAGCUCACAUAUUAUGUGAGUGUAAGGCCCAAGAAGGCGUCCCAAGGGAGGUAUGAUUUUGGUGAGAUAGUUUGGAGUGAUGGGUUUCAUCAAGUUAGAAGUCCAUUGGUGAUUCUUGUAACCAAUUCUGGAGUUUGGAAUGAUAAUGAUGAAUCCACACCUCAGCUCAAGGAUAUGGCGGCUUCUUAUUAAUCUUCAGUUCCCGGCCAAUUUGAUGGAUGUUAAUAUGCAAUCUUUUUUUUUUUCAAGAUUUGUGUGGUUUGAGUUCAUUCUUGUAACACAAAAUUACACAAUGUACUAAAAUUGCUUAUGGGAUUGGA